UUACAGGCCCGCUAGCUCGGGGAAGCAGCGUUUUCAGCAGAGCUGAGCAGGCCUGCAAAAGGAGCCAGCGCUCGACAGAGCGACGCAGCGCACGACCGCAGCGCUACAGCGUCGCUUGCGGCAAUCGCCAUCGCCCGCCGCCGCUCGCGGCUGUGCUCACUAGAGCUCUCGGGUCGCUGAGCGUGCGACGCGCGCGCCGCGCCACAUAAGAGCUCGGGUCGCUGAGCGCCGCGCCGCAAAGCGCAGCCAUGGCCGACCCGCCGAGCCCGAGCAAGAUGAACACCGAUACCCUGAGUGACGCCGCGCGGCCGCUCAUCGAUUUGAUAGACACGCUGCGGUCCCACGGCGUCCAGCAGGAUUUACCGCUCCCCCAAAUCGCGGUCAUGGGCGACCAAAGCGCCGGCAAGUCGUCUGUAUUAGAAGCCAUUUCCGGCGUGCCCUUCCCGCGAGGCACGGGACUCGUGACGCGGUGCGCGACGCAAUUGAUCAUGAGCCGGGCCCCGCCCGGCGCAGCUUGGACCGCGAGUGCCUGCGUCGAGCCCAAUGAUGGCGCCGCACCUAUCAAGUUAGAAAAAGCGGAGGACGUCGCCGACGUGAUCGAAAAGUUGACUGCUAAAUUGUGUGAGCGGGAAGGUGGUGCGUUCUCCACUACUGCUGCGGUGGUGAUCAAAUUGCGUUCGCCGGACGUCCCGGACCUCACUCUGUUGGACUUACCGGGCAUCGUGCGAACCGCCGUCGCCGGCCAAAGUCAGUCGGUCAUCGGUGAUGUCAAUUCAUUGAUAGAAACGUACCUGAAACAGGAACGGACCGUCGUAUUGGCCGUCAUCCCCGCGAACCAGGACGUGGCGACCAUCGACAUCCUCCAGAAGGCGAAAGGUGCCGAUCCGGAAGGCGCGAGGACCAUCGCGGUCCUAACUAAGCCAGACCUCAUCGACCAGGGCGCGGAAAAGGAAGUGCUAGAAACAUUACUCAACAAGCGCGCCCCGCUGAAGCUGGGCUACGCCAUGGUGCGCUGUAGGAACCAGCGCGAGAACGAGGCGCAGAUCUCGAUGACUACUGCGCGCGAGCGGGAGAAGGCCUUCUUCGACGCUCAUGCUUUUUGGGGCAGUGAUGCAUUGCAUGUUCCUAGGGAACAGAGGUAUACUUUGCUCGGUGUUGAUGCCUUGACUGGGAGGCUAUCAUCACUACUGGUAACAAGAAUACGAAAGGCCCUACCAGCUAUCAAGUACGAGCUCCAGAAUCAGAAAAAGGAGGCCGAACAGGAGUAUAAAAGAUUGGGUGGCGACAACGCGCCAGACGACCCCAUCAAGAUGCGAGCCGCUCUCGUGGACGUCGUCACGCGCUACGCCGCAUUGAUGAGACAAUCCGCGAGGGGCAACUACGGCCACACGCUCCUAGCCCAAAAUCCGAACCUGAGACUCUUCGGCCGCCAUCAGGUCGUCUUCAAGGACCUCAAGGACUCCGUCGGAGACACGCAGCCCGCGUUCGACGACGAGCGAUUUACGAAGCACCUCGCGCGGGAGAUGCACGCCUUUCGCGGGCGGGAGUUACCUGGUUUCACCAAUAGUCAAGUUUUCUAUGGGUUCAUGGUGAAAAAUAUAGAAGAGUGGCGGCCGUUCGUGGAGGAUUGCCGCGCGCAAUAUGUCGCUACGACUAUUCGGGUCUCUGACGAGUUGCUCGAGGCGCUGGCGCCGACGUAUCCCUCACUAGUGUCAGAAAUACGACAAUUGGUCACGACGAUCCUGGAGGAGGCCGGGGAUCGCGUGCAGCGCAAGCUUGACGACGUCUUCGCGAAAGAAAGCGAUCCCUACACGACCAACGAGUCCAUGCUUGAAUUGGUGAACCAGAUCCGCAUGAAGAACUUCGACAUCGCUCUACGCUCUGUGUUAGACUCAGUGCCGCCGUCCGCACUUGUGGGAGACAACGAGGAGAAAAAAAGUGCAGCUGCUGCCGCACAUGUCAAACGCAAAUUAGGCCAGUGGUACAUGGCCACCCACGGCGUCAACACCGCCUCCAAAGUGGAAGACAUGUGUACUUUAUUAGAGGCCUACUGGGACGUGGCCACGAAACGACUGGUCGACAACGUGUGCAUGACCCUCGAGCAUGAUUUUGCGAAUUUCUCCCUUAAGAAACUGGAGGAGUCGUGUUUUCUCUUUGCGGCGGACGCUGGUGUUCCGGAGAAGACGGAUUUACUUGAGAGGUUGUUCUUGCAAGAUCCCCGAGUGGUUCAACAGAGAAAAGCUGCUCUGGAGAAGAAGGGUCGGAUGGAGGCGGCGCUGGACGCUCUGGGCGAGUCGGGGCUGCGCGUCGUGGCGGAGCGGGCGAACUCCGUGAAGGUCGAGGCUCCGAAGGCGUUGGCGGCUGGCUUUGUGACGUCGGACCGGGAAGCGUCGAACGCGACGCUGACGACAUUGCCGCCUCGGCGGGCGUCCUCCGUAGAGCGGGGCGCGCCGCCGCCGCCGCCCGCGGCGUCGCGCCCGCCGCCGCCGCCUUAUGAGGAACCAACGAGGCCGCCGCCGCCGGCCUACGUCGAGCCAUCGAGGCCCUCGCCGCCGCCGCCGCCCGCCGUGAAUCCCGAUUUGGUAAGAGCGGGGCUGCAGACCGCGGCGGAGAACCCCGAGCUCGUCAAAGCCGGCGCGGCCGCGGCCUACGAGAACCGCGAAAUGCUCGGCGCGGCGGCGUCGGCCGUGGCCGACAACGCGGACCUCUUCUCGGGCGGCGGGCUCUUCGGGGACGACGCCUCGGCUGCCGCUCCGGCGGAUACGGACGCGCUGGCGAACAAGUUCGGGAGCUUGUUCGGGGACGCCUAGAGUAUAAGAAGUUGUUAC